AUGUCCUGGGAUCAAACUAAAUUUACAUUGAGUCCAAAAAGUAAGGGAUGUUACCUUAUUACUGAUGACGUUAUCAGGAGUGUUCCUCAAAUUAAGGAUUAUGAAAUUGGCAUCUUGAAUUUAUUCUUACAACAUACGAGUGCUGCCUUAUCAAUUAAUGAAAACUGGGAUCCUGACGUGAGAACAGAUUUAGACAAGUCUUUGGAUAGAAUUGCUCCAGAAGGAGAUUUUUAUUUGCACGAUGCUGAGGGACCAGAUGAUUCUGUUCUGCAUAUCAAAAGUAGUACUAUAGGUGUCAGCUUGUCUAUCCCUAUAACCAAUGGCAGAUUAAGUCUUGGCCAGUGGCAAGGAAUCUACCUCUGUGAAUUUAGAAGGUACAGACAUAGCAGAACCAUUGUUGCCACAAUUAAUGGGAAAAAGAAAUAA